UUAUUUUUUGUUAUGUAUAAAAAUCACUCACAAUAUAAUGAUGUUAUCCGUUUUUUAUCAAAAUUUGUUUCGUUGUUUCCUCAAUAGUUUGAUUCUUUGUGAUUGGAGAUUGGUGAAAAAAUAGCUUACAAGCAAUCUAAAUUUGCCUUUUAGCAUACUAUGGGAAAGCGCAGAAAGUUGAAUAUCAUUCAAAAUGAUGGUCAAUCACAAGCAAAAGAGCAAUCAAUUGAAAGCUCUACUGAAGUGAACCAAAAUAACAACUCUAUACUUGAAGAAAAUGCACAAUUUGAAGGAGAACAACACAUACAAGAAGAUAGUCAUGUUCAGUCUCAUACUUCUCUUGAAAGUGCAAGUGAAAGUUCAACUAAAGAUAAAAAGAGAACCAGAGGUUAUACACAUAUGCUAGAUGUGUGGGACUUGCCAGAUGGAGAAUUCAUACUUGUUGAAGUAGAUCAUUGGGGCAAUCCUAUGGGUUGGGAAGGGAAAACUCUACUGAAUGCAAUUGGGAGCUUGGUAAGGAGACACCAAUGUGCUCCUAUCAAUUUUCUUAGCUGGAAAGACAUGCCUAAGGACUAUAUUACUGACAUGGUUGAAUUAAUUCAGAAAAUAAGCAACAUCAACAAAAGGAGCCGCUCAAAAUAUGAGGACUUGCAUUGCAUGGGAACCAAUAAUCUUCCAAGACGGAUUCAUGAGAUGACUACAAAGGCUAAGGGAGUGCAACCUUCUAGGGCAAAAAUUUAUAUUGACACUCGAACUCGAAAAGAUGGAAGCAUUGUUACUGAAAAGGCUGCUAUUGUAAUUGAUGAACUAAAAAAGAAAAUGGUUGAAGCAGAGAGUUCACAAAAUUUACAAAGCACCCAAGAUUCUACUGAUUGGACAAAUGAUAUAUAUUCAAAAGUCAAAGGACCUGAAAAAAGAGGAUGUGUGCGUUGUCUUGGCAAGCUUCCACAUCAAGCAAGUUCAUCUCAAAGCUCUUAUACAAACAAUAGAAUUCAAAAGUUGGAGAAUUUGCUUGGAAACCUUGUAGCUGUGCUUCAAGUACGAUUUGCAGAAGAUCCACAAAUUAAUCAAGUCUUAGAAGCUAUAGAUCAAGAGGUACCUACAAAUGAUUCUACCAGUAAAGAUCAUCAAACUACAAACAAUCUUAGCUAGAGGCUUCAUGGAGUUGCUAUAAUUUGUUGCUUCUGAGAGAAAAAGGUAGGAGCAUGCCAAGCUUAUGAUGGAAGAAACAGCUAGUUAAAACAAGAUUCCAAAUUAAUUGCUGCACAUGCAACAUUUUAAUACUACUGGGCUCUUUUUUGUUCCUUUUUUGUUCCAUGAUAUUACAUAUAGAAGAACCAUGUUCUAAAAACAUUCCCUUUUUUGUUCUUAAAUCUUGCCACUGUAACCUUUUUCUAGGCAAAAGUGAUGUUAAUAUGUUAGUCAUUAGUCAUAACUCCACGUGAUUAGCACACAGCAUAUACAUUUAAUUUGAAUUUCAAAUUGAGAGCAAAUAAAUUCUGAGGUCAACCACUAAA